AUGUAUCGUAUAGGCGUAGAUGUCGGCGGUACCAAUACAGAUGCUGCGAUACUAGACAUCACGGCGCUAGACUCUCCAAAUCGCGGCGUCCUAGCAUCUUGCAAGUCGUCCACUACAGAGGACAUAACAUCCGGUAUUACUAGCGCUAUAAGCACGGUCCUUACCAACUCGAAUGUCCUCAAGGCGAACAUUCUAAGCGUCACCAUCGGCACUACACAUUUCGUAAAUGCUCUAAUCGAAGCUGAUACCCGGCGACUAAGUCGCGUGGGCGUCGUGCGCCUCUGCGGACCUUUCACGCGGCAGAUUCCUCCCUUUACUGACUUCCCCGUCGGCCUUCGAAGAAUUAUGGACGGUGGAGCGUGGUAUCUAAACGGCGGCCUUGAAAUCGACGGGCGCGAGAUCUCUCCACUUGAUUCUACCCAAAUCAAGGCCUGUGUCGAGGAACUGCGCUCUAGAAACGUCACAGCGGUAGCUCUUGUUGGCGUCUUCUCGCCCCUCGACCACGAAGGCAUCCAUGAGGAGGAGUGCAAGCGUCAGAUGUUAGCAUUGAAUCCUGCGUUAAAUAUUGUAUGCAGUCACAAUAUCGGCCCCCCAGGAUUACUCGAGCGGGAGAACGCAACUAUCUUGAAUGCGUCAAUCCUGGCAACAGCGAGAAAGACUGUCCGAGGCUUUAAGUUGGCUAUGAAACGAUUACAGCUCAACUGUCCGCUCUAUCUGUCCCAAAAUGACGGGACACUUGUUGGCGCCAACGAGGCGGCGGAUUUCCCCAUCAAGACGUUCGCGAGCGGCCCCACCAACAGUAUGACCGGAGCAGCAUUCCUCGCCGGGCUGGACAAGCCGCGAGUCCCGCAAGCUGACAGCGAGAUAACCAGCUCCAUCAAAGAGAAUCAUCAAAUAUUAGUUGUGGAUAUUGGUGGAACUACUACCGACGUGUGUGCGCUGCUUCCAACAGGAUUCCCACGCCAAGCUCCGAAUUUUGUCGAGGUUGGCGGCGUUAGGACCGCGUUUUCCAUGCCGGAGGUCAUCUCUAUUGGCCUAGGCGGAGGAAGCAAGAUUGGAAUCGAUCCAGAAACCGGCGAUGUCACGGUUGGACCCGACUCCGUGGGUCACUUUUUAACCGAACAGGCUUUGGUCUUCGGCGGAUCCGUUCUGACUGCUAGCGACAUCGUGGUCGCAUCGGGAGGCGCCGAGCUCGGUGAUCCUUCCAAGACUUUAGGAGUCGCUACAAGCACGGUAUUAGCCGCAAAGGAUAAGAUAAAACAGAUGCUUCAAUCGGUUAUCGAAAAAAUGAAGGUCUCCGAAGCACCGGUGCACGUCCUUCUUGUUGGUGGCGGUUCGCUUCUUGUCACCGACGAUCUAAAGCUUGAUAACGUGGCCGAGUGCCAGAAGCCUAUUCAUCACGAUGCCGCCAACGCAGUUGGCGCAGCUAUUGCAAAGGUCUCCGGCGAGAUAGACGUCAUAGAAAUUCUGGAGGGGAAAGACGAGAAGACAGUUCUUAGCGCCGUAUGUGAUAAAGCAACGCAAGAAGCAAUCCGUAAGGGCGCAGCUCCAGAGGACGUGAAAAUCGUAUCGAUCGACAAGAUUGCAUUACAGUAUACGACGAAAAAGGCGACACGGCUGAUUGUUAAAGCGGUUGGGCAGUUGGCCAUCCCUGAUUCCAGACUAAUCAUACCGCCGGCCGAGGAUCAACAACAAGGGGAAGAGGAGGAAGAAGAGGACGAGACAAAAGAGGGAGUCAAGGAACAUGUAUCUGAUGCAGCCGAACCAGUUGCGAAGCCGUCACUCAAGACAGACCUCGACACCUACAGACCUGAAGUGCGAGACAAAAUAUGGUAUCUCUCAGAGGUUGAUCUCGAACUCAUCGCAACGGGAACAGGCAUUUUAGGUACUGGCGGUGGCGGCCCUUCUUAUCACGAACUGUUGAAGGGCCUCAAUGUUUUACGGAGUGGAGGAUCCGGAAAGAUGCGGGUUAUCUCGCCGCAAACCCUCAAGGAUUCUGACCUGGUUUGCUUUGGGAGCUGGUACGGCGCUCCAAGCGUGAUUAACGAGCGACUUGCUAGCGGAACCGAAAUUGUCAAUGGGGUCGAAGCCGUGAAGAGCAUACUUGGAAUUAAAUCAUGUCAGGCAAUCAUGGCAGAUGAAAUCGGCGGUGGCAACGGAAUGAGCACCUUUCCUACGGGUGUCCACUACGAUAUCCCCAUAGUUGAUGGGGACGCGAUGGGACGGGCGUAUCCCACGAUGUAUCAUUCAACUCUGUAUAUCAACGAUGAACCCAUAAUGCCAUGUGCACUCACCGAUGCGAGGAAUAAUGUCUCAGUCCUAAUGCAAGCCGAAUCACCUACUCGCGUAGAGUCUAUCCUUCGGACAACAGCCGUGGAGCUCGGUUUAGGCUGUGCCGUCUCAGCGAGGCCAUUGAGCGGCGACGUUAUCCGAAAAUACGUCGUCGAAAACACCGUCUCCCAAGCCUGGUAUCUUGGAAGAGCGGUACACCAGGCGAGGAAAUAUAAGAGAAGUCUCACAGACGCCAUUUUUGCCAGCACUCCCGGUAAGGUGCUGUUCAUUGGUAAAGUCAUCGACGUGCGGCGUGACAUCGGUGCUGGUUACACUAUGGGGAGUGUCUUGAUUGCCCCCUUCAACGCCGACGAGUCUGGUUCCAACGCCGUCGACAGCGAGCAGCGGCAUAUGAUAAUACCAUUUCAGAAUGAGUAUUUCUAUGCAGCCCACACAGACUCAAGCGGAAUUAAGGAGAGCGAGAUUGUAUGUACGGUGCCUGAUCUUAUAUCCAUACUCGGACAAGAUGGGGAAGCACUUGGGUCGCAGGAAUUGCGGUACGGCUUGCAGGUAAGCGUCAUUGGUAUGCCGUCGCACCCCUUAUGGAAAACAGACCUGGGGCUCAAGGUUGGUGGACCUGAGGGAUUCGGCCUGAUGAUGCCUUUUCAAGGGGUCGGAGAGUACGCACCGCCUAAGAGUGUGAUUGACGAGUAUGAUAUAUGA